AUCACAGGUCACAUGUUAGCGCGUGACUAAUUAGCCGCACGGACCCUUUGCAAAGCUUUCGGCGGACACAUCAGAGAGGCGGCGGCGUUCCCGACGACGUGGGAGAAGUGUCGAGUGAGCGGCACAUUCCUUACGCAAGCGUCCCGUUUCCCGAAGGAAUGUUCGGAACACGCGCAGGCCAGUAAAGCUCAAAAGCUUAGCCGGCAGCACACAAACUUCCUCCUCAUGCGGAUGGAAGACUAUUUUUUUUUCCUCUUUCCCUCGCGGCAGCCGCUCAAUGGGGGCGAGUGUUCUGCCGAGCGGGUCGGCCCCCCGGGAGACGGGUCGCCGCCCACCCGCCUUUUGACGGCGCCCGAGCGUCAGGCUGCUCAGUGCGCGCGAGGCGAGGACGACAUGCGGCGCGUGAGCUGCCUGCUGCUGCUGCUGGCGAGCGUAUUGAUGGCCAGGGGAGCGCCCGGCCAGUGCCCGACCCCCUGCCACUGCCACGGCGACCUGCAGCACGUCAUCUGCGACGCCGUGGGCCUCAAGAAGAUCCCGCAGGUGUCGGCGUCCACGCGGCUGCUCAACCUGCAGAGGAACCCGCUGGGCGGCGUUCCGGCCGCCGCCUUCGCCGACAGCGGCGGCCUGGUGUCGCUGCACAUGCAGCACUGCCAGCUGCGCCACAUCGCCACCAACGCCUUCAAGGGCCUGAGCCAGCUGGUGUACCUGUACCUGUCGCACAACCACAUCACCAGCAUCCAGCCCGACGCCUUCCGAGACCUGAGCCGGCUCACCUACCUCCACCUGGACCACAACCGCAUCAGCGAGCUGGCCAAAGGCAUCUUCUCGCCUCUGGUCAACCUGUUUGUGCUGCGGCUGGAUGACAACAAGCUGCGCCAGCUCCGUCCCGGCACCUUCGCCGGCGCCAAGGACUUGCGCUGGUUGCACUUGAGCGGCAACCAAAUGAGCACGCUCCACGCCGGAUCCCUGGAGGACGUGGAGAACCUGGCCGUGCUGCACCUGGACCGUAACAAGCUGGCCGUCUACCCUGCCGCCGCCAUGAGCAAGCUGCGUGUGGUGGAGGAGCUAGCGCUGGGCGAGAACCCCAUGAAGAGUAUCCCCGAACGCGCUUUCAGCAGCUUUGGCCGCUACAUGGAGAAGCUGCAGAUGGACCGCAUGGGCCUGGAGAAGAUGUCGGAGGAGGCGUUCGCGGGCGUGACGGCGCUGACCUCGCUGGACGUCAGCAACAACAAACUGCGCUGGCUUCCCAAGAGUCUGGACUUGUCUCGAGUGACCAAUCUGACCGUAGCCAACAAUCCUUGGAGCUGCACCUGCCAGCUGGCGCCGCUGCGCAGGUGGAUGGACGGCAACAGCCGCAAGCGAACGGACGCCGCGUGUGCCUCGCCGCCGGCGCAGAGAGGCAAGCAGGUCCGAGACAGCGCCGCCUUCGCCGCCUGCCGGCUCAAGCCCAAAAGAAGCAAGACGGCCGCACGCCACUGAACGGGCGAGCAGCGGAAAGGGGAAGGUGGGGAUUGUUGGGGGGGAGCAGUUGCAUGACUCCACCCCAGUCACGCUUCAGUCGCCAAUUUCACCAGCCGCAGAAGGCCGCACAUCACGCCAACAUAUGCAAAGAUCUGCUUUUACUUUGCAAAACAAUCAUCAAGAUUUUUUUUUCCCUAUAUUUUGAUGUUUUGAUUUUAAACCAAACAAGUGACGGAUUCACCAUCAAUCUAUAUUUGAGCAUUUUCUCUGAAGUCAAUUGGUAGUUGUUUGAUACGCCACCGCUGGUCUAAACACGGAAUUCUGAUUCAUGUUGCGUUUGUGUUCAGCGGAAAACUCCAUCCGUUUUGAUCCAUCUUCGGGGGUGGCCAUUUUGCCUCUUACUUUCGGCGGGCGGCCCAGGUAACGACCAUCACGGAUUUUCUGGCUUUGCUCACGUGGCAUUCGUAAGGUUCGCCUUCGGUGGGCACUGUGAUGUCAUUUUCAGUCGACAGCAAGAGGCAAAAUGGCCGCCACCUUUGAUAAAUCAGAACGGCUACAUUUUGCUGCUUCGUUCAAAUUCCGCAAAGACAAUAUUUAUCACAAUGCCGUGUUAGACUCGUGAGGGCACAUAGAACUUAUUAUUGUCAAGAAACUGUUUCUUUUGACUUCCCCUUGCAAAUCGUGGUUGGUUGCAGGCAGCCCUCGACAAGACAAGAAAGUCAUUGAGCCUGCUUGGGCGCCGGCUUGAUGGGAAUGUGUUCAUGAGUCAGCAUAAUUAGGAUGGAGAUCGCCUGCCAAGUGGCCCAAUUGCACAAGUUGACGUGACGUCUGCUUAAUCGGAUCAUGACUUGACUGCACCAGCUUGAAAUUUAGUGGGAUGAUGGGGGGAAGGGGGGGGGGGAACCGCACGUGACUUCCUCCCACCACCGCCGCCAACUUGCUGGCAGACGAAUUAAUUUUUUUUCCCCCCGCCCCGGUUUUUCGGCAGCCACACAACUGAACAUUUCGGUGGGCUUCGGCCCAGCGGGCCCAGUCGACAAAUAACACAGGCAACACCCCGUCGCUCGCC